CGCUGGCCGCGGUGCCCCAGCGCUCUGUCCGCCCCAUGGCCAGCUCCCGCCUGGAUCCAGAAUCAGAUCCCGACUCGGUGUUCCCACGGGAGAUCGGGCUCUUCACCGACUCCUACUCGGAGAACAGUCGGUUCUGCUUCUGCGGGCACGAGCUGAGCAUCACGCAAAACUUUGGGUCGCGCCUCGGGGUGGCCGCACGCGUGUGGGAUGCGGCUCUGAGCCUCUGCAACUAUUUCGACAGUCAAAAUGUGAACUUUCGGGACAAGAAGGUGAUCGAGCUGGGCGCGGGGACCGGCAUCGUGGGAAUCUUGGCGGCGCUGCAGGGGGGGGACGUUACCAUCACUGACCUGCCUCUUGCCCUAGAGCAGAUCCAGGGCAACGUCCAUGCUAAUGUGCCAGCUGGAGGCCGAGUGCAGGUGUGUGCCUUGUCCUGGGGAAUUGACCAGCAUGUCUUUCCUGGAAACUAUGAUCUGGUGCUGGGGGCAGAUAUCGUGUACCUGGAACCUACCUACCCACUGCUGCUGGGGACCCUCCAACACCUGUGUGGGCCCCGUGGUACCAUCUACCUAGCUGCCAAGAUGAGAGAGGGGCAUGGGACUGAGAGCUUCUUUCACCACCUCCUGCCCCAGCACUUCCAACUGGAGCUGGCCCAGCGGGAUGAGGAUGUGAAUGUCAAUAUCUAUAGGGCCAGGCAUAGGGCAGGGAGACCUGCUUGACAUCACCCCUUGUGUUGACCUCCACCCCUGUCUCAGUGAAGGAAUGGCGGAACUGCAGAGCCAUAAACAUGAGGACCAAAAAAAAAGAUGGAUUGCUUGGCCUCUUUCUCUUUCCUCUUCCCUUUUGUUCCCCUAGAUAUUCUUGUGAAGAUGCAGAGAGGUGCCUGCUUGUUAAGAAUCAUAGAGCUCUGGGCUGGAAAGAUGGCUCAGUGGUUAAGAGCAGUGGCUGCUCUUACAGAAGACCUAGGUUCAAUUCCCAGCACCCACAUGGCAGCUAACAACUGUCCAUAACUCCAGUUCCAGGGGACUAUAAUGCCCUCUUCUGACCUCGGUGGACAUUGCACGACAUGGGUGCACUUACAUGCAACCACUACACUCAUACACAUAAAAUAAUAUAAAAAAAGAAUCAUAGGACCCUAGAAGCAUUGGGCUUAGAGCACAAAGAAGGUUCCCAGCACUUGUCUUAAGAGGAAGAGGACGGGAAGGUAGCUGAGAUUUUUAGGGGGUUAGGAGAGGAAAACAGGCUGCAGAGAGACUGUCACCAAUCACUUCCAUUUCUUCUGGAGUCAUACAGAAUGACUUAAAAACAAACAAACAAAAAUCAUACAUUCUAUGGAAUUGUUUUUAAGAGAAAGAAUGAGCAUCAGUGAUCUCUUCUGCAUCCAGAGAAUGCAGCUUCUGACAGAGAGCUGGGCACGAAGACACCUCAGACUACCUGUUUCCUGCCUGAAGGGCCAAGACUCUUACUUGAGCAAGUCCCCCUAUCUCUGGGACUGGGGAUAAGCAGCAGAGCCAUCCCUUUGGACCUUGAUUUCUUCAUCCUUUGCAAAGCUCAAGAGCUGUGGCAGAGUAUAAUGGGCUAAGUUCUAGGUUCUUCUCAUCUUUGGUUUUUCUUUCCAAGUUCAAUCUUCCCUUCCUGAUUUAUUUUGUCUCCCUUCUUGGCUCUUUCCCCCUGCAGCCACUGUGGUAAGGACUCUUUUUCUUACUGUUUAGGCACAUGGUCAUCUCUGGACUGUACCAUUCUAACCUCCAUUCAAACUCUUUCAAAUUGAGCUCUAAUUAGCUUUCAAUAUCUGUAUAGAAGCAAGACCUUCUCUGCUAGGUACUCAGUCUAUACUCAUAUGAUCUGAGCUACCUUUCUGUUUCAUUUCCUACUCCUUUCCUGACUAUAUUGGACUUUAAACCAAAUUACAGAAGUGCUACUUUUUGUUCCCUAAAUCUAUGCCAAGAUUUCCUGAUUGACUCCGUUUUUUUUGAUGAAUCGCUGAUAAGAAGGGCUAUUGCUCUCUGUCAAAACUCUUUGCUUCCUUUCCUGGGAGGUGGGGGAGGGGGCUUUUAUUGACUCUCCUGCUUAAAUGUGAUUUUUUUCCCCCUUUGAAAUCUUUAAACUUUUUUCAUCUUAAGGGCCCCUUUCUGUCUCAUCUGAUUCUUAUUUUCUCACCACUUUGGUGGAUAGGGCUGUGGCUUAUUCAUCUCUAAUCCCCCUAAAGCUGGCAACAGCUCCAGGCACACAGAUGUUCAACAGAUAUUUUGUUAAUUCAACAGAUAUUUAUUUGGUUUGUUGAAGGAACUCCACCUCAUCUCUCUAGGUGACCUUGGGCAGUUUCCUGAGCCCACCUACCUAACUCCCAAGUUUGUAAUGAGUCAACAAUGGAUAAUGAAUAUGAAAGUACAUUGGAAAUAAAGAAAACAAAAAGCUUUACCCACAUGGCUUGCAUUGUUAUUAUUAAAUCAGUGGAGUUGGAACAUAUUAUUAUUAAUUAUUAUUAUUAUUAUUACUACAUAUUUUCAGACAAGGUCUUACUAUGCAGCCUUGGCUGGCCUGGGACGCUCUAUGUAGACCAGUCUGGCCUGGAACUCAGAGACAUCCGCCUGAGUCGGCCUCUGGAAUGCUGGGAUUAAAGGAGUGCGGCAGGACGCCGGACUAUAUUGUUAUUUUGUGACAACUUUACGCUGUAUUUUUUUCUUAUUUCA